GCGCGCGGGCCCCCGCCCCUCAGACAGGCAUCGGGCGCGGGCUGCACCCGGGGCUUUGUCCGUGCGCGGGGCUGGGAGGCGGCGGCGGCGGCGGCGGCCGGGGGGGGGGGGCAGUGAGCCGUGGCCAAUGCAAUCGGCCCGGGCCCGGGCGCGCGGCUCGCGGGCGGGCUCGAGCCUCCGCAGGGGUCCGGCUUUGUGCCCGGCUAGGGACCGCGCUGCUGCGGGGGCUGAAGGGAGCGUGACUUGCUAAUUCCCUUCCUGGGUCUCCAGCCGCAGGGCAGAGGCUAAUUAGCAGCUGGGGGUUUGUCCACUCAGCCCAGGCCUGCUGGGCGCCCGGGAGACGGGCUGGAGUUGUUGCUGCCGCCGUCCUCAUCCCACACGCCAGCACCAGCCCAGCCUUCUGGCUCCAAAGGAUGGCUGUAACAGAUCAGGCAUUUGUGACCCUUGUAACUGAUGAUGAUUAUUGCCAAGGAGCUCUGGUUCUUGGGCAGUCCUUGAGGAAUCACAUGACCUCUAGAAAGCUGGCUGUACUAAUUACACCACAGGUCUCCAGUGUGAUGAGGGCUGUCCUCUGCAGUGUGUUUGAUGAAGUGAUUGAAGUGGAUGCAAUUGACAGUGCUGACUCAAUGCACUUGGCUCUGCUGGAGAGGCCAGAGCUGGGUGUAACCUUCACCAAACUUCACUGUUGGACUCUCACUCAAUAUAGCAAAUGUGUCUUUAUGGAUGCAGACACUUUGGUGUUAUGUAACAUUGAUGAACUGUUUGAACGGGAAGAGCUUUCAGCAGCUCCUGAUUCUGGAUGGCCAGAUUGCUUUAAUAGUGGUGUAUUUGUCUUUCGACCUUCUGUAGAAACUUAUAACCAUCUGCUGCAAUUUGCUACUGAACAUGGCAGCUUUGAUGGUGGUGAUCAAGGCUUAUUAAAUAGUUUCUUCAGUAACUGGGCAACAACAGAUAUUGGCAAACAUUUACCGUUUAUCUACAAUUUAAGCAGUAGUGCUAUCUACACAUAUGUUCCUGCUUUCAAACAUUUUGGCAGAGAUGCAAAGGUAGUUCAUUUUUUGGGGCCAGCAAAGCCCUGGCACUACAAGUACAACCCUCAAACAAGAACAGUUGUGCAGGAUGACUCCACCUCAGGAUCUCAGCAUCAGUUCUCAUUUCUUGUACUCUGGUGGAAGAUAUACUAUGCUAACAUAUUGCCUUUGUUAGAAAAACUUCCAGAGGCGGAAGACACAGAAUCCCAGGGACAAAAGCACAUUUUCAGUGGAGAUGAAAUUAGACCAAAAAAUGAGAAUCCUCUUAUCAAUUCUCUGCAAAUCCCUGUGUUUCCAGAACAGACAUUUGAAAUGGACAUCACUACUUGUCCACCGGAAGAGUUUGAUACUAAAACACCACCUGUACCUCAAGUUGAACAACCUAGUUCUGAAGUCAGUCUCCCUGAGCCAGACCAGCCAUUAGAACAGCUUGCCUUUCAUCCUGCCUCUCAGCAAACCUUGGAACUGGAUGAGCCUACCCAUCUUAUUUCUGAGCUGUUCACUCCGCUCAAACCAGAAGAGUCAAAUGCAGAAGAUGAACGGAAGAAGUGGGAGGAAGGCCGCAUGGACUACAUGGGGAAGGAUGCUUUUGAACAUAUUAAAAAGAAAUUGGAUGCAUUUUUAAAGUCGACUUAAUUGUAAUGCAAUAUAUUGACCAGCCACUGUUUUGCGUUUAUGGUGUACAUGCAACCCCUGGGAUGUUUUGUUAUCUUCCUUUGAUAUUGAAGUUAAAAUGGACCUCCUCUAUUUUAAGAAAAAAAUUGCAAACAUAGCACCACUAACUCUUUAACUCUGAUGUGUGCCUCAUAUUGAUUGUUGACCAAUAGUGCCUCAUGAAGUAGUAGUUCAGAAAUUGUGACAUCUCCACUUGACAUCCCUGCAUUAAGGAAAAAGUCCUAUAGUAUUCUGCAGUAAUAUCCAAAAUAUUAAAACUGAUAACAUUAAACUUCCAGAGGAGAUUAGAUUAAUCUAGAAGAUUUCCACCUUUAGAAAAUGCUGCAAAACCUUUUUUAUGAAAGCUUUUCCACCAGAAAACGAUUCACACCAUCAACGAUUAUACAUAAGCUGACAAAGAGAAAAGCCAAAGGAGAAAACUCUGGCUCCACUGAAAUCAAUGCCAAAACUCCCGUUGACUUCAGUGGUGCUAGGCUUUCACCUGGAUACUCCAAGAAGUCCACUGGGGACUCUGUUCUUGCUAUUCUACUUUAGGUGGAAGGUGCCCAGGUACAAAGCUAAUGGGCAACAGUACAACUCUAAAAUAGAUAGUAAUGGUGUUACUAGUUUCUUUUGGAUCAUUGCUAUAAACUGCUACAGGAUUUGUAUAUGUUACCUUAAUCUGUAUAUUCAAGGUUUCUCAUGUUUUAUUAUGUAUUUUAUUAGCUAAAUGAUUGAGAGAGAAAAAAAUACUGUAUAGGCCUAUAGGCCUUCAUAACGAACAGCUGUUCUGCCUCAUUCUGGUGCUUUAAAUGAAUUUUUUUACCAGUGCUCCAAACUGCAUUUGAGAAAGGCACUAAAUUCAUUAGAUGGUACUUUUCUAUAUUGAAGGCAGUUUGUAUGCAUCUGAGACAGAUAACUGACACCUAUGUAAUAAAACAGCUAUUUAU